GGCGGCGCCGCGUCUCUAAGGAGACAGGGAGACGGCGGUAGAAGGUGGUGGAGGAUGGAGAAGCCCCAGGGGCAACUAGAGGCGCCGAGCGAGGCCGCAGCUCAGGAAUCCUGAUGUCUUUAUCGCUUCGCCGACUCCUGUCAUCCGCCCCCAGUCAGGAUAAUGGGAAAACUCCAGAGUAAGGUCAAGCGGAACAGCUCCAAAUACAGGGCCGACAGUCAUGUGGAGGAGAGCGCGCCGGUGCAGGCCAUCCAGCAGCACAGCCAGGCCCACAAUGACGCCGUCACGUCCAUCGCUGCUCUGAAAUCGGACCUCUGUGUGUCAGGCGGCAAAGACAAGGCUGUGAUCGUGUCUAACUGGAGGGCGGGCACCGCCCUGAAGAGGUUUGUAGGGCACGAGCGAGAGGUGUCGAAGGUCAGCUGCGUGUUCGGAUCGAACCGUUUAUUCAGCGCCUCUCGGGAUAAGACGGUUCUCAUGUGGGACCUGCACUGUAAAGCCAGCAGCGCUCAGAAGUUCAUGGGACAUCAUUUAAUUGUCACUGGAUUGGCAGUAAGCCCUGAUUGUGCCAAACUGGUGACGGGGUCUCGAGACAACACCCUGUGUCAAUGGGACGUAGAGUCCGGGCAAUGUCUGCUGAAAGCCGCCGUGUCCAGAAAUCUGGUAACUCACCUGUGCUGGGUUCCCGGAGAGUCCUACGUCGUCCAGACCUCGGAGGAUAAAAGCACCCGUCUCUGGGACACCCGUGACCUGCAGGUGGCGCACACGUUCCCUGUGAAGCAGUACAUUCAGAUGCACUGCGAUGUCAGUGAAGAUGGCCAUUACUGUGUGACCAGCAGCAAUGGAUUCGGUGGACAGGGCUGUGAAGCCACGCUGUGGGACCUCCGCCAGACGAAAGACAUAGUGUGUGAAUAUAAGGGGCACCUGCAAAGCACCACGUCCUGCAUUUUCCUUCCGAAGGGAAUGUCGGACACCCCGCUAGUGGCCACCACAUCCCAUGACUGCACUGUGAAGGUUUGGGAGCGGGAUUCUGCUGCGUGUCUGAGCAGCCUGUUCCUGGACGGCUCGGGGCCCCUUUCGUCUUUGGCAGUUUGCGAUAACACAUCCAUCCUGUGUGCCAGCUUCAACUCAGGAAUUCAAUCUCUGCGCAUAGACUGCAGCAGGGGCGCCUCGCUGCGGCAGGUGGCAAAGUUCUAACUGUGGCGCUAUCCCACCUCUCCGCCCCCGAGCACUUCUGCGGACUGACGGGGAACACACAAGACUAUGGCACUCCUGUGCGGCUCUGCUCAGUGGGGCCCUGGGUUCAAACCUGGCAUUGGGCGGGCGUCUGCAUGGAGCUUGUCCUCUCUGAGCCACCGUACUUACCCUUCUAGAGAUGUAGCACUGCCUGUCCGUGACCCGUCCGCACACUUGAAGCUCUUUCCCUUAGUAACCGCGCACUUGAUCGAUUUGUACAGUCGCUUGUCCAAAAAGUUGUGAAGUAUUUUUUGUAGAAUUUUCUUUUUAUAUGUUUGUGUAUGUGGAUUACUACUGUGUAUUUUCUGGACAUGAUCCAAUUGUUAUAUCAGACGGGACACAACGCCUAGACGGCCAUCGAAGCACUGGAGCUGACUAGAUCAGGGGCUGCCCGGCACCUCUGUGGCUGCUUGUUUCCUGGGUAAAAUAGGACAAGAAGAAUCCGCUCCACUCGUCGGCGCGCGCCAAAAUAGUUUCCGAAGAUGGAUUGUUCGUCUCCUGUUUUAUUGUACUCCCAAGAUCAUCAGCGGCUCCAGGGAUCACAGGCAGCCACUGAUCUCUGUGGGGCAGCGUUAUCAAUGUAGAAUACAUUUUUAGACCCUGUAAAAAAAAAAAAAAGUGAAAUGUCUGAAUCCAUGAAGGUGUCUGGUAAGUUUUUGUAUCGUUAGGGUAUGUGCACACAGCGCAUAUUCCAUGGGGAUAAAGGGCAUCUGUCAGCAGUUUUGUCCCUAUGACCCCGGCUGACCUGUUACAUGUGGGCUUGGCAGCUGAAGGCGUCUGUGUUGGUCCCAUGUUCAUAUGUGAGCAGUGAAAAUGUCAUAAAGCCUGGUCCUGUCAAUCAAAAUGGAGAGAACGCUGCAGUUGCAGUGAGAGCAGAGCCUGUAGGUGUAACGGUAACGCCCCCGUUGGUCCUAGAGACUCAUUUGCAUAUAAUAAAACAUCAUUUCGGGCACAUAUGAACAUGGGACCAACACAGAUGCCUUCAGCUGCCAAGCGCACCUGGAGCAGGUCAGCCAGUGUCAUAGGGACAAAACUGCUGACAGAUGCCCUUUAAUGAGCCCCAGUCUGACUUGUGAAGGGAGCUAUACUCGCCCAGUCCUCGCCGCUCAGUUCUGUCUCCCUUUCAACCAGACUACUAGAUCCCACAUGUAAGCUUUCUGCACGGAUGGGAUUGUAUGCACCUCUGCAGCCGAUGGCUGGCCUCAGCGGUGACCUGUCUCCUUUCAGCAUGUGACCCAGGAGUGACAUGUCGUAAGGGGACAGGUCACCGCAGAGGCCAGCCAUUGGCUGUAGCAGUGCUCUCAAUCCCACCUGUGCAGGAAGUUUACAUGCGGGGACCAGAAGUCUGGAGGAUGACGGCCACGGAGCUCGGACGCAGUGUUUGCGGAGCAGGUAAGUAUAGCUGCCUUCACUGGUCCCACUGGGAGGGGAGGGGAAGGAAGACUUUUAAAGGCAGCCAUUUUGAAGUCCUCCUCCCAUUGUUUAUGAUGAGAAAUCUGUGCCAUAGAUUAUAUCGUGUUUUUUAAAUUUCUUUCCACACCCUAUAACCUUUGACCCUUUUUGCCGCGGCUUCUGUGCCGACUGAAUCAAGCGAAUCAGUCUGCGGACCCACGGCGGUUAUUACAUGCAAAUCCGCAGGAGAAACCCAC